UUCGCUGUCUGGUCACCCUGUGCCCAGGCCCUGCCUGUGUGGCGCGUCCCAGCUGGGAAGAGUUUAAAUGCCAGCGCUUAGGUUGCUCCGGGAGGUCUCGUCACUGCCUGUGAAGUGCUGCUGGGCUGGGGACCAGCCUCCUCGGGCUUGCCAGCACGGAGCUUGUUCUGAAACCGGCCCACCACCUCCAGGUUCCCACCGAAACUGCCCCGAGCCGCCUGAGGCUGCGCUUUGGGCCUUCCCGUGGGGUCCAGCUGCUCCGGGCGUCUCCCCGGGAGAGGAGUCCCACUGGCGGGUGGGGGAGAACUCCGAUAAUACAGCGAUGGGCACUAGAAAUCCUUCAGGAGAGCCGCUUGCCCCGCAGAGCGCAGGCCCCCCCUCAGCAGCUUGCCAGGAGCCCGCAGGCCACGCAGGUGCAGCCCCCCCGCGCUGACAGGGAGGUGACCUGGCCCAGCGCAUGGAUGGAGAGGGGGCUCCGUGGGCCACGCGUUUGUGUUAGAGAUGGGGUGGCCCUGGGCUGCAUCGCAGAACUGAGAGGGUUUGGCUGGGCCGAUAGGCAGCACGGGAACCCCCUGCUUCAGACAGCUGCCGAUUCAGUCGUGGUUUAAGAUUCGCAGCGUAUCUGAGCUCGAACCCUUGGCCGCGUGAUGCCUGCGCUGGCUGAGUGCCUGGCUGCUGCUCUCCACCCCUGAGGUGGCUGCAUUUCAAGGGGGCUGUUUGGAUGUUGCUUGUGGAGGCCUUUGGGAUCAGAGGCACCAGGGAGAACCACAGAUCUUUCCUUUCAGCUCCUCCGCGGCCCUGGUCACUUCCUCUGCUCCACACGGUGGGCCAGCCAGCGCCUUCUCUCCACGGGCCGUGCUGCCCAAGGACUUGUUCUGCAUGCACACAGCAAUUCCCGCUCCCCCUCUGUGUGCUGCCAAGAGAAGAGAGCAGGAGGUGUGAGACCCAGAAGCAGGAGCCGCAGCAGAUUUCACUGCGGAGGCUUCAGCUGGAUGUGGGAGGCUGCAGGUGACCCCGAGCUGCUCCUCCCUGAUUUCCCAGCGCUGAUCAGAACCAGUCCUCCAUCUUCCAGCUGGGCCUGUUCUCUGCACACCCCUCCCCCUCGGCUGCCUCCUCCCAGUCCUGCCUCGGCUGAAGUCCCGCAGGGACUGUGUCUGAGCAGUGGGCAUGCCUGGUCCUUCACACAGCGCAACGUCACAGCAGCAGCAGGCAGAGUGGAGAUGUGAUUGCGCAGACCCUCUGCAUUGCCAGGGAUGCAGCUGGAAAGAAAAUAGGAAUUGAGUGUGUAUCCCCCAGUCCCCGGGAGAGAGGCGAGCCCGGAGCUGGCUGGAGUCUGGACCCUCGGUGCUGCUGGCUGCUCUUGGGGGCAGAGGGAUGAGACGGCGCCUUGGGAAGGUCUCUGGCUCCCCUCCUGAGAUGUGUUCUCCCAGCCCCGCCCGCAGCCCACCUCCCUUCCAUGGGUAGCGCCAGCCUGGCUGAGUUCCUGACGAGCACUCUCAAGAAUGGAUAGUCCACCCAAGCUGGCAGGAGAAACGCUGAUUGUCCAUCACAUUCCCCUGGUUCAUUGCCAGGUCCCCGACCGACAGUGCUGCAGUGGGAGCAAGAGGACCAAUCCGUUUUGCCAGCCAGACCUGGGCAUCGCGCGGACCGCCUCUCUGCCGGAGCGGGACCUCUCGCAGACGGACUCCCUGGUGUACAGCACCUUGCUGCAGGCCUCGGACGCGCCGCCAGAGGCUGCAGAGGACAAAGAGAGCAAAGCGCGAGACUCGGUCAUCCCCGGCGUCACGACACGGCACAAUCCCUUCCUCCUGGGCGACAGCGAGGGGCAUGGUCUCCUCAGCGACAACACGGGCCAGAAGUCCUUCCACCUGCACAGCUCCAUGGUGGCCGGGAAGCCGGCCUUCCAGCUGCACGAGCUGCCGCUGCCGCCCUUCCACCUCCACGACGCCGGCCACGUGGUGAAACCCUGGAGCAUGGCCAGCAGGUCCGGCGUGGUGGACGGGCAAGAGGACAAACUCACAAGCGCCGACGUCCAGAAGAGGAACGACGUUGACUGCUGCCCGCUGGCCUCGGAGUGCAUGGAGCUGGACGAGUGCAGCUGCCAGCAUGGGAGCUUCUCCUUCGAGGGCGGCGACCAGGACUGGAACAAUAGCUCUGACGAGUCAGGGAGGAACCCGGGCGCCCUGCACAGCCGGACCUGCAGCUGUUCCAGCACGGAGCUCCCGCACUGCCGGUGCUACAGCACGUCAAGCCAGUCCGAGACCGGGGACCAGCAGAUGGGAUACAUCAGCGACUCUUCUUGCAACAGCUCGGACGGGGUCCUGGUGAACUUCAGUGCCCUCUACAACAAAAUGAACGGCCAUUCUCGCUCCAACUUGAACUCUGCCAACUUGUCCUGUGACUCUUCCUUCUGCAGCCACUCGGACACCGGGGCCUUUUACCUGGAUCUGCAUUCGUCACCCCUGGAAUCCAAGAUGUCUUGUGAAUCGCACAACCCGGAGAGCUCGGGGAAAGUGUGUGGGUGCCACCGCCCGUCUUCUCCUGUCUUAGAUGCCAACUGCAACUCCUACCACCUGCACUGCGAGCCGUGCACUUCGGAGAGCUCAGACCUCACCGCUUGCUUCCAGAGCCAAGCCCGGCUCGUGGUGGCCACCCAGAACUACUAUAAAUUAGUCACCUGUGACUUGUCUUCCCAGUCGUCGCCUAGCCCUGCGGGCUCUUCCAUAACCAGCUGCUCUGAAGAUCACACCAAAGCGAGCCCUGUCCAGCCCUCGGAGUACUACUUGUUUCGAAGGCCCGAUGCCCAGCCGGAGGAGAGCGAUGGGGAAUGCUUCAUGGCGGAGACCAAGGGCGAAGCUGUGAAAAACACGAUUGAGGGGCAAGUGUAUGUCAACAUAUCCCCGCCUAACCUGAACGCCGGCCGGCCUCGCUCCAGGAGCUACGAUCGGAACCUGGACCGGAGCCCCACGAGCCGGCUGGGCUCCCUGGAGCGCAUGAUGAGUUGUCCGGUCAAGCUGAGCGAGAGCCCAGCGCUGGCGAUUCAGAGCUCGCCCCCGAAGCGGGUGACUUCCUUUGCUGAGCUGGCGAAAGGCAGGAGAAAGAACGGCUCCUCCCCGCCGCUCAGAACCAGCGGUGACUCCUCCUUGGAGUUCUCGCCCAUCCCCGAGUUCCAGCGGGACUGCCCAGGGCUUCUCGAGGACGGAGCGCGACGCUGCCAGAGUCUCCCGCCCAUGCCUUUUGGCCAUUGCCUGAACCGGAGCUGCGAGGGCUACCGUGUGGAGCACAGAUUCGGGGAUGGCCCGAGGGCGUGUCCCAGCAAAGACUCAGGUGCCAACGGCCAUGGGGCAGCCGAGCAGGCCUCUCUCUCUCUGCUGAUGGAGGCUGGUGCCAGCUUCUCAGGCAGCCCUGCCAGUGGGCACGGACAACGAGAUGUUAGAGCCAGAGCGGAUGGCGGCGGCGCGGACAGCAAGGCCGUGGUGCGGUACAGCAAGGAGCAGCGUCCCACCACCCUGCCCAUCCAGCCCUUCGUCUUCCAGCACCACUUCAGCAAGCAGCCCAAGGCCCGGGCCCUGCACAGCCACUUCGCUGCCAGCCUCUCGCAGCUCUACGGCGCCUCCAGCAGCCGGCCCGCCAGCCAGCAGCCCUCCUCCAACUCCCAGUCCUCCGCCUCCGCCACCUCGGCGGAGCAGCCCGGGGCCGCGGGGGGGCUGGCGCAUGGCGCGCUCCUGGCCCAGCGCUCGGUGGAUGGAGCCGCCUCCCUCGGCGACGGCUACGCCAAGAAGCCGGCCCCGGAGAGCACCCGGCCGUCCCCCCUCGGGAGCUACUCCCCGGUGCGCAGCACUGCCCCUUUCUUCCAGAGCCUGGACUCGUCCUGCUCGCCCACCCCGGAGAGAGCCGGCGAGAGCCACCCUCCCCGCAGCAGGUCCUGCCCGCUCUCUGCCAACCUGCUCCCCACCAGGGCCUCCCCCUCUGCAGGUGCCGCGCUGCCCGCUCAGGCUGAUGCCCUGCACCGCCAGGAGAGCCCCCGGCCGGUCCCCAGGAAGGAGGCGCCGUUGGAGCAGAGGGCGCAGGUCUCCGAGUACCAACUCCAUGACGGCUCCCUCCCACCUCUGGCAUCCGAGGGGGCGAGUGCCAGCCGAGCGGGGGGCCCUGCGGAGCCCCAGUGGAGAGGCAGCAGUGAGGCCGGAAGUUCGGGGUCGCUGAGCAGUGUGGGCACGCGGCCCCUCAAUGCAAACCACCUCUCCCCUCAAGCGCUGAAGUGGCGGGAGUACAGGCGGAGGAACCCGCUGGGCCUGGACCGCGGCUCGGGGCUGGCUGGGUUAGCAGGCAGCCUGGACAGGAGGCAGCAGGAGCCCCAACUCGCCCGGAGGAACCCCAUCUUUGAGUUCCCUGGUUCCCUCAACACCGGCCACGUUCACGGCAGGCUGAAUGGUCAGCCUGUGAAACAGCUCCAGCUGGGCUACGCUGACUUCUUCCCGGAGUACUUCUCGCUGGCGGAGAAGCCGCCGGCCGAGUUCUGCCUCUCCCCGGAUGGCAACACGGAGUCCAUCUCCAUCGACCUGCUGCAGAAGAAAGGGCUGGUGAAGGCCAUCAACACGGCCGUCGAUCUGAUCGUGGCUCACUUCGGAACGAGCCGGGAGCCGGGGGUGAAGGCCAAGCUCGGGAACAGCUCGGUGAGCCCCAACGUGGGGCACCUCAUCCUGAAAUACCUGUGCCCGGCCAUCCGAGAUAUCCUGAGUGACGGGCUCAAGGCCUACGUCCUGGACGUGAUCAUCGGCCAGCGGAAGAACACGCCCUGGAGCGUGGUGGAGGCGUCCACCCAGCUAGGUCCCUCCACCAAGGCGCUGCAUGGCCUUCACAGCAGGAUCAGCCAGUUCGCCGAGCUGACCAGCCACAGCAUGAGGUUCAACGCCUUCAUCUUCGGCCUUCUCAAUGUCCGGGCUCUGGAGUUCUGGUUCAAUCACCUGUAUAACCACGAAGACAUCGUCCUGGUGCACUACCAGCCGGUGGGCUUCCUGUGCCUGUCCCACGGCGUGUGCCAGCCCCUGUUCGAGGAGCUGCUGCUCCUGCUCCAGCCCCUGUCCCUGCUGCCCUUCAGCCUGGACCUGCUCUUCGAGCACCACCUGCUGCAGAUGGGCAAGGAGCAGCAGCAGCAGAAGCAGCUGCUGCGGGUCAAGCAGGACCUGCUGCUCUCCGUUCACUCCACCCUGCAGCUGAUGCGCACCCGGGGCAGCCCCGAGGAGCCGGACGGCUGGAGCGCGGCCCCGGAGCACGCCGGGGAAGAGGGGCUGUCUGCAGGCCGGGGCCAGGAGGGAGCGGCGUGGGAACGGGUCAAGGGGGUGGGCGCCGCCGGCGCCAGGGAGGAGGAGCAGAGGAAGGCGAAGGACAGCGCCUGGGAGGGGAAGAAGGACAAGCAGGCCGGCUGGUGGUACCAGCUCAUGCAGAGCUCUCAGGUUUACAUCGAGGGCUCGGCCGAGGGCUCCAAGUUCAUCCGCCCCGAGAAGAAGAAGCCGAAGGCGCCAGGAGCUGCGCCCCGGCCGGCCGAGGGCGGGAAGGCCCCCCCUCCCCGCGAGGGCGUGGUGGAGGGGGCGGAGGCCUGUCCCGUCGCCGAGGAGAAGCCCAAAGCUGCGGCAGAGCCUGGGGAGAAGCCGGGCGAGGCCAACGAGCGGAGCUGGCCCUCCUGGAUGGGGAGCCCCCCGGACUCGGUGCUGACAGAGCUGAAGCGCAGCAAGGACAAGGAAAACGGGGCUCCCCAGAGACGGGGGGUGACCGCGCCCCCCACGGAGGAGAGCAGCCGUGGGGCCCCCGACAGCAGCCAGCCCAUCAAGUGGGGACACCUGUUCGGGGCUAGGAAAGUGCAGAAGGAGGCCAGGCAGCCCAACAGGUUACCCUCCGGCUGGCUGACCCUGGACAGGUCCGUGUUCCAGCUCAUGGCCCAGACGGUGGGGGCAGGAAUGUGGAGAGAGGCAGCCCCAGAGCCCGAACGGCCCAGCGAGCCCCCCGAACAGCAGCUGCCUGGGGGGCUGCCCCCCCAAAUCCCCUGCGAGGUGAAAGCGCUUUGCCAUCACAUUGCCACCGAGGCGGGGCAGCUCAGCUUCCCCAAAGGGGCCGUCCUGCGUGUGCUGGCCAAGGUGGACGGCGACUGGCUGCGGUGCGGCCUGGGCUCGCAGAGCGGGCUGGUGCCCAUCAUGUACGUCACCCACCCGGCGGACGAGGACUAUUGACGCGGCCGGGACGCCACGGACAGGACCACAGGCUGCUCUGCGGGGCCGCCCGGCAGGGGGGACAGACGCAGCUUCUCGCUAGUCCGUACCGUGCUCGCCCUGCCCGACAGCCCGUAACCCUGGGGGCGCCUCGCCUGCCCCAUGCACCUGCCACGGCUGCCACGCCCCGGGGGACCUUGUGCCAGGCGCCGCCGUGCAUGCAGCCUCCUGUCACCGCGCUCCAUCUCCAGCACCGGAUGCCAUGGCCUCGGACGUAGCAGGACUCCAGGCGGCGUCGCUCUGCAGUGGGGGCUGCCCAGCCAAGUACCCUGAUGGGCUGGGGGCUCCUGGACUGGGCAGGGGCUGGCCGCCGGAGACUACAGCCCCCAGCAUGCACUGCUCCGUCUCCGUCAGAGCCAGCUGGCCCACCGCAUGCUGACCGGGCCUCUGCUGCAGGCUGCCCCCUUGUGGCGUCAGGCUGCAUUGCCGUGCUCGGCCAGGGCUGCUUGUGGCCCAAUCAGCACACGGCUGCGGCCCACGUGACAGGCUCAGGGCCAUACAGGGGGGCUGUAUUGUGUGGCGGCGCCCACAGGACACACAGGAGCUGCCCACCAUGGUCGCUCGGCUGCGAAGCCUGGCGUGCGUGCAGCCCCGGGCGCACGCUGUGUGAAUGCCGCAUGUAUUGGACCAAGCCCAGGAACCCGGCCAGCAGCCUGGCACGGCCACACCACAGGCCUCCUGCUGGCCGGGCACGGGAUGCGUGCGUCUAGGCCAACAGCCGUACAGUGUUAGAGGGAAUGAGCCCUGUGCAGACGCAGCGCUGUGGGGUGCAUGCGCCCCCCCCCCCCCGCCUCCCUCCAAAUCCGCUGCUCCAGCCAUGGAGGCACUGACUGGGGAGGGGCACAAGGCCAUUCCCACCAGGGAGGUGGGGGAGGGGGAAGUGCACCCAGCAGU